UAUACACUACAUUUCGACACAUGCGCAGUGGCAUUGUUUUGGAUAUUCCAACAUGUCUGCCGACGAAGAUACUGAAUUGAGGGAUCUUGUGGCACAGACCCUCGAAACUAAUGGGGUCCUUGGUAGAAUAAGGGCCGAGCUUCGUGCCAAUGUCUUUCUUGCCUUAGAAGACCAAGAGUCAGUCAAAAACAAGACACCAUUUCUAAACCAAGACCUGAAGAAAUUCAUUUCAACCAAAGAAGGUCACAAUGUAGUGGAGUUGAUACGUGAAUUUCUGGACUUCUUCAAUUUAGAAUUCACACAGGCUGUUUUUGGACCUGAAUCUGGUUGCGGUUCAAAUGUUGAGACUCGAGGACAUCUUGCCAAGGAGUUGAGCCUCCCAGAUGCCUCAGGAGGGGCCGCUGCCAAACAGCCCCUGUUACUGGAGGUCUUAAAGAGGGCCCAGGGGUCACAUUCUGUGGCACGCUCUGUUGGCGAAGAGACCGGACUUACUUUGACAACACUUCCACAGGAACUUUCUCAGAAGCAGUUAGCAGAUGCCAGAAAGAAAUUCGACUACUAUGACAGGGACAAGAACAAUGAAAUAGACAAAGAAGAAUUGCGGGGUUUGUUUGUAGAUCUGUUCCCCAGUUUUAACAGGAAUAUGCUGGACCGAUAUGUGAAUGACGAAUUCCGAGCAACAGAUAAAGAUUUUAGCAACAAGUCCUAUUUCUCCAUCACAGAAAAAGGUAUCAGUUUCCAGGAGUUUCUCGGCAUGUACAAGCGUUUGUUCCUGCAGUGUAGAGGCGUGGUGUCAGGAGAUGUAGCGGACAUUCUCUCCCCAGUCUCCACACACAAAUCACUUUCUUCACCUGUUAGCAAGGCCAGUACCUCAGAGCGAUCAGAACGCAGUCAAGUGGAUUCUCGCAAUCGGAAAAACUUGGAGAAUGGGCCAAAAUCUUUCCAACAAGACAAUAACAAUACAGACACUGAAGAGGACUUUUUUGACGACCCUCUGCCUACUUCUCCAGGGUACAAGUCUUUUGGCAGUGAUGAUAAGAGAACAGAUAAGGCUUCCACUAAUGGCGUUGCGGCACAGAAAUCUGGGGCCGCAGGAACUAAAGGUCAGGGCCCAGGUAGCAUGAGUUCCUUACAGGGUCUUCCAUCACUUACAGGGGACAAAAACCAAGGGAUACGAAAAUCACCAACGAACGAGCGGAGCGACAAUCUAAGGUCAAUGGACAAACGCAUGGCAGAUCUCGGCUUGGAAGGGGAUGCUCAAGAUUAUUCAUAUGAAGAAGACUUCCAGAGUGAAGGGCACAGCAUAAGUCAGAGGAACCGUUCGGAGGUGAAGUCGGACCAGAAUGGCAGCAUAGCCGAGGAGAUAGAGGAGGACAUUGAGGAGGUGUCCAUAGAGGGGGACUUCCUGCACAGCGAGAAAAGUGCAUUUGAUGAUAUUACAACAGACCGAACCAUAUCCCAGGUGGAAACAGGGUACGACUACAUUGAGGAAUUGCAGUCACCAUAGCAACCCAUUGGGAUCACCUUGGUGAAGAAGUGCUAAUAGCAGACUACUUUUCCACGUCUGAUCCAUUACUCUGUGGUAGCAUGACAUUUCUGUUUAAUUUAUUAACUUUUCUGAUAUUUAUUGAGUACUGUCACGAUAAGAAAACUUACAGUUUUAAGGACUGAAAAAUUGAUGGAUUUUUUUUCUUUUUUGGGUUUAUCUCCCUUUGUACAAUAAUUGGUAGAAUUCCAAAGUCAGUCGAGGGAAAAGAUAAAUCUAGUUGUGUAAAUGUGCUCAAGCACCAGGGAAUGUUUAUUUAAAAAGACUUGUAUUAAGUAUAUGCAUAGCUCUAAUGUCAAAGCAACAAUUCCUAUGUGCAAAAACAAAACAUUUAACAAGAUUUCAUGUUUGUUGUGGGAAUAGUCAUGAGAAUUGUCCCAAUGUGUCAGGAUUUUUUUUAUAAUUGCUGCAAUCCCUGGAAGAUUAAUAACCUGUAACUAAAUCAAAGAAAGAAUGAAUAAAUGGUUAUAUAGGGUGUUAGUUAAUAAUUAUGAGUAUUAUUAGUACAGUUGAUAGUUUUAUAAAUGUGAAAAGACAUAAGCAAAUACUGCAAACUUGUUUAAUACUGACCCAAAUCCAUUUUGAAGAAGUAUCUAGGAAAACAUGGUGUUUGUAACUGUAGAAUGGAAAUAGAGGUUAUCAUAGAGAUUAUAAUUGUUGGAUUUUUAUUAUCAGUUAGGUUAUUUUCUAUAUACAAAGUUUAUUUUACAUGGUUUUGUUUAAUGUAGUUGCAACACUUGUUUUCUCUAAGUAGAGCACUUGUUAAUUUAUCAGUAGAAAUUAAUUAUAAAAAAAUAUUCAGGAAUAGUGCAUGCAUCAUGCAAUCGUCCUUGCUUUGGGGGCCAAAGGUUAAUACUAGUAACUAGUUACAGUAGCUAAUGAGAACAAAGAAAACUACCGCAUUCAGAUGUGAGUACAAUUCAUUGAACUCUUUAGCUCUAUAGUAUUGUUUAACCCUUUUCAGAUACGUCUUUUGACGAAUUUGUGGUCCCUUAGCAAAUUACAUUUAAUUAAAGACCUUUCCUACUAGAUUCACAUUUUAAAGGCUUCAUUUCCAACCCUAAGAUACUGAUAAGCAGCAAACAGCAUAAAACCUGAACAGACUGCGAGUUACUCGCAGGCUGUUCUGGUUUUAUGCUGGUUGCAAAAGCCAUUUUCACUUGGCUUCUUAUGGGGGAAAAAGUUAAAGUAUCUUGGUGUCUCCUAACAAGAGACGAGAGAUUUAUCCUAAAGUGUACAAGCGUUUGGAAAAACACACCAAUCUGCUGAUAUUAACAAAACUGACCCAUCUAGAAUUCCUUUGAAAUUGCUUACCACUUCAACAGGUAUCAUUUGAAUGAAUCUACUAUUGGUUGAUAAAAUGGGUCAGCGUUGUUUGCACCAGUCAGAUUAGUGUUUUUUUUUUUCAUAGUCUAGACUGUAUUGCAAUAUUUUAUUAGUCUGUUGUGGUCCCAGUCUUUGGUCAAACAAAAAAUUGUACGAUUGUGAGGCUUAUACAAGGAAAAAUGAGUAAUCCGAAGCAAACUGUUUUUUUUAUAUUUUGUUUAUGCUUUAAUGAAUCAUCACUUUUUAUCAGCUCAAUCAUUUUGUUCAUGAUGAAGCGAAUACAAAUAAUUCUUAACUUGAUAUUAAUUGCAUCAUGCAUUAUUACAGACAUCGCUAUUAAAGGGACUCGUUCACAAACUUGCUAUUUUUGAAGAAUGCAAAAAUAAUGUUUUUAAUCACAAACCUUAUAAAUUUGGAAAAAAAAGAAUGCAUGUUUACAAAGAAGAGUAAUAUAAAAUAAUUAUGAUGGUAUGACAGGAAUUGAAAUUUUAAAUAAAAUUGCCUUCACUAGUUUUCAAACUCUUGGAGCAAAAUCCAACAUAUUGCCAUAGGGCCAUUCAGGCAUUAGAAUUAAUAAGCAUAUGUGAAAUGCUUAAUAAGUAAUUCAUAUACAAGUGUUUUCCAAAAUAUCAAUGAAACUCAUUAAUAUGCCCAUUUUUUUGGACUGAUGAAUCUCAUAUGAUUUUUUUCUUUAUUAAUCGACCCAUUUAUGCCUAGCGUCUAGAAAAAAGGCCUUGGCAAACAGCGUAGACCCAGAUGAGACGCCGCAUGAUGCGGCAACUCACCAGGGUCUGCGCUGUUUGCUUAAAGGAAUUUCUGUAAGAAAUAUUCUUAAUAUAGAAAUUAGUAUACUUGAAAUCCCUAAUUUUGGACAUACAUUGAUCCAAUUCAGAAGGAUGGGAGAGUCCACUUGGCAUAAAUGGGUUAAUUUAUCAAUUGUGAAAAUAGGUAAACAAGUCCCUUUAAGUUCUGAAGAAGUACCAUCAAGUUGAAAUGCUCACUCAUUGAGUCCAUUUGUAAGAUGCAUUCUGGUAGGGCUGUGAAGGUUUUGUUCAUGUUGCAUGUCAUUCAAUACAACUACAACGCUUUCAUCUAGAGUGGUAUUGAAACAAGAACACGUAUACAGUUUGUAUAUACAAAUAUGGUAGAGAUUGAGAAAAUUUAAUUUCUUCAUAAGGGAGAUUAGUGGUGAUUAUGUCACUUUGUAUAAUGUUGUGCUUGUUAAAGAAUAUACGAAUUUGUUAUAUUGGACUGUUAAAUCCAACAUAACCUACACUUGUUAUGUUUCAUUACUGCACUGUAUACACAUUAGGCAUUUUAUUCAUGCAGUUAUGUGCCCAGGUGAUAUUGGCGAUCUGUCUCACUUAUAUAUUAUUCUGUCGCAAAGAUUCUCCAAUAUGUAUAAUUCCCCAUGUAAAGAUUUUUUUAAUUGAACAUGAGUUUUAAAAUAGCAUGGAAUGUAAAGUUAACAAAUAGAAAAUAAUCCUAGUGAAUGUGUAUUAAUUAGAUAUAAAUUUCACUAGUCAGUAACUAAGUAUUUACAAGUUAAUUAUACAUUUUGGUGAUAAGCGAAUGGAAUAUUUCGUGGUUUUGGUGUUACAAUGGUUUGUAUCGAACUCGGCAAUUGUGUGAAAUUAUAUUCCACUAGCCCUGUGACCUCUAGAUAUACAAUAUCAACUCGUGAUAUACAUCCCAUCAGAACAACACAGUCAUGUAAAAAAUGCCCUCCACUCGAACUGUAGGCUGGUGAAAUACAACACAGCAUCAAGUCAUGAGAUACAAGUCAUCGGAACAUCACAUUUAUUUCUGCUUGAUCUGUCUGUCUUUGAUAUUAUACAUGUAGUUUCAUGUUAAACCCGCAAUUUGCAUCAGCUUGCAGUGUCUUAAAAGCGCUAUUCUGUCCUGUUCCAAAAUGUGUUCUGUUUAGUCUAUUACAAUUGUAUACAUGUGUAUGUUUUCUUUCACCGAAACGUGUUAUGUAAUUGUCACUCCGUUGCAUGUCACGUGUAUUUACCCUCAACCAUGUUAAGACCCAACAGUUUUUUUGUUAAGUAUGCACAAAAAAAUAACUAAAUUAAUUUAGAAAGAAUAUAUUGAUCUAUUUGAUUUUCGCCCAUGUUUGACUUAUGCAGACUUUGCAAAACAAUGAAAUUAUAUGAUGUUUAUUUCUGACUCCGCAUCUUUUGCCAUGUUAUGUGUCCUGCAUUUAAAUGUACAUUCAAAAAUUAAUAUCUCAGAUUUUUCUGGCGCAAGUUGAAAUAUUAGAUAAUAUCUCAGAUUUGUAUGGCUUAAAUACAAAUAUUAUUUUAAGCACUAAAUGUUAAGUGACAAUUAGCAUAUUUGUACACUAUUUUAAUAAUUUGAUGUACUUAAUUUUAUUUCCACGUGCUAGAAUCGUCAUUUGUUCAUUGCAAAGCAUAGUUUGCACAUGUUAUUUUUUGUCCAAUUAAUUAUAUACUAGUAUUGUGUAUCAUGUUCAUUAUUUGUUAUAAUUUAUUGACCAGGUUUUACAGUUUUGCGAUUCAUGAGUUUAAUUUAUCAAAUUGACUUAAAUACAUAUGUAUAUUGUUCAUAUAAAUUAUUUAUUUGAUUGAUAUGAUCUAAAAAUAAUGUGUGUAUAUUCGAAAUUUCUUUUGUAGAUCUCACAUGUAGUACGAUUUAAGUGACAUGUGUAUUAAUAUUUCACCAAAUUAAAUGCUAUAAUUGACAACUUUUAGUUUUAUUGUAAAUUUUUGCAUACUUAACACUGCAUUUGUUUAACUUAUACAACAUCAGCUGAUUCAUUAUUGUAAAUACUGUAAACAUGGUUUUUGUAUAGUGAUUACUAACAUAUGACGAUAAAAUAUAUAUAUUUGUAAGUA